UCUCUCUCUCUCUCUCAUCGCCAUCAGAUGAUCUCGUCCCUCGAUCCUCGUCCCUCGAUCGACUCUCUCUGGCCAAUGGAGCAAAAUAAUCUCUGCCCUCGCAUCCCAGCUGGAGAAUUGGAGACUCUGGAAUCUAGGGUUUCUCAUCUAGCCAUGGGAAGACAACCUGAUCUCGAGAUCUCUCCUCAUCCCUCGGUGUCUAGUGUUGAGGAACAAAGUGAGGAUGGUCAGUCCACGACAAUUUCUAACUUACCAAGUCAAGUAACAACUCCUGCCCAAGAAGGCAAUACCAGCAUACCGCAAGAACUUGUGGAAAACAACAGACAGAGAGAUGCAGGUGAUCGGAAGCAAGGUAGAUACUUUUAUUAUGACCCGCCGCUUUAUGAAGAAACCGGCAUCUGGAUACCCGUUUCUGUUCCACCUAUGUCGGAAAGCGAUCACGAGGAGUGGAGGCAGGGCUUUGGGUGUAAUGGUGGGUUCUUCCCCGAAGAGGAAAUGAGUUGGGGCCAAUUUGUUGGAGAAGAUAAGGAACUGACCAUGUGGGAUGUUUUAAUUGAGAUGCUGCUUGCAGCCCGAGGUAAAAUGGGUGCUAUAUCUUCUGGUGAGCUUCAAAGGCAUGGCAUGUCGUUUAUAUCAGGUGCUCUCUUUGAGCAAGCUUGGAAAGAGAUGGCUCAGGUUCUCACCGAAGCAAAUUUUGGUAACAUGAAGGAAAUUCUUGAAAGGGAACCACCAAAAUGGUUGGCUGACAGUGCUGCUUCAUCAUGCAUGCUGUGUGGUGUGCGUUUCCAUCCGAUCAUGUGCUCCCGGCAUCAUUGCCGGUUUUGUGGUGGGAUAUUUUGCAGUGAGUGUUCGAGAGGAAGGAGCUUGUUGCCAGUGAAAUUUCGCACAGGGGAUCCACAGCGGGUCUGUGAUGUGUGCUAUGUGAGGCUCGAGUCUGUUCAAUCAGACUUAAGGGACCAAGUAAGUCCAGCUGCUCAACUGCCUACCCAUGAUCUGACUGACCUCAGUACUUUGAGAUCUUGGGUAAACUUUCCAUGGGGACAGUCAAUGGAAUACGAGAUUUACAAGGCCACAAACACAAUUCGAGGUUAUAAUAAGGUGGUUUCCAGGCGACCUGAGAGGUCGAUUCCAGAUGCUAUUCUCAGAGAUGCAAAAGGUCUUGCGAUACUUACCAUUGUGAAGGUCGGAAUGAUGACUAGUUAUAAUAUAGGAACAGGGAUUGUUAUUGCUCGCAGGGAAGAUGGGUCAUGGUCCCCACCUUCUGCCAUUUCUUCUUUCGGUGCUGGAUGGGGGCCUCAGGGUGGAGGUGAGUUGACUGACUUCAUAAUUGUGUUGAGGACAAAGGAAGCUGUCAAGACAUUUAGCGGAAAUGUGCAUUUCUCAAUGGGGGCAGGUUUCAGUGCAGCUGUUGGCAUUGUUGGACGAGCAGCUGAAGCUGAUGUACGUGCUGGUGAUGGUGGUUGUGCAGCUUCUUAUACAUACAGCUGCAGUAAAGGUGCAUUUGUGGGAUGCUCACUUGAAGGAAGUAUGGUAAUCACCCGUACAUCGGUAAACUCCUGUUUCUAUGGCAGUCCAUCCAUCAAGGCAUCGGAUAUUCUUCUUGGUUCAUUGCCUAGGCCGCCUGCAGCUGCUGUUCUAUACCAUGCCCUGUCAGAUCUAUUUCAAAAGUUGAACGAGUGAUGGAUCAGUGUUAGAUUCGGAGGCUGUGCUCAAGAACUGCCACUGAAGGUGUGCUGUCUAGCCCUUGAAUUUCUUGUAGCUUUCUGUGCAGAUUCGUUACCCGAGUUUCCAUCUAAUCACAAUUUCAAUUCUUUGGUUGUAAAUAGUUGGUAUGUGACAGUAAAGGAAAUUCCACUAAUAAAAGUGAUUUCAUUUGUACAUAGACAGUUGUCAAGGUAUUGCAAGAGAAUUUUACUGCGUCAAAUCAUGCAGUGCAGUCUCUGUUUGUAUAUAAGACUCUGAUAUAGUUCAGUAAGUUUCUAUUGGUUGUGGAAAAUCACUGAUUGAAGCAGGGAUCACUCUAUAAAUCCUUAUUUUGUCA